GGACGCCCGUCACCCUUCUCUUCCGGCCGCGCCCAGUAUGGCGCUCACCCCUCGGUGACUGUCGCCUCUCUUCACCGGGGCUUCCGGGUCACCCGGGAUGGCGGAGCAGCACUGCUCCGAUUCCUCGACGGCCGCCGCCGAGCCCGAAGAGUGCCAGGACUGGCAGCGAGACGCCACGAGCGAUGAGAACCGGAGUGACUCUACAGCCUCCCCUCCCCCGUGUCCGUCGGGGCAGCCCGCGGCGGCGUCCGCCUUUCUGGCGCAGUGCGUGGCGAAGGGCGUCCUGAGCCAGGAGACACUGGAUUUAACCUGGAGAACAACCCCAUCCUUUGUGAAAUUCUCAGAGAUGGAAAAAAAGGCAAAUAUUCAAGCUGAAAUCAAUGAGAUGAAACUGAAAAUUGAAAUGCUGCAGUUGGAGAAAGAGACAGCAGACAUUACUCACCCUUUUUACUUAAGCAAAAAAUGUGAGAUUUUGCAAGAUAUGAACAGACACUUGGAAGUAGUACUAAAAGAGAAGAGUGCUCUUAGGAGGAGGUUAAUAAAACCCAGGUGUCAAGAGAGCUUGCCUAUUGAGGUUACUUUCCACAGGUCUGUAGUAGACUUGUUGGCUGAGGCUGUGACUUUCAUUGAGAAUCUUGAAAGCCAUUUGCAGACCUUAAGAAGCAUCCCCCAGAUACCAGACAUGAUGAAGAACAUGGACACUGCUUUGACAAAAGCAGAGAUGCUUGUGAUGGAUCUGGAGGAGCUGGCAGAGCAAAUAUUGAAAUGGAGAGAAGUACAUAAAGAAGUGUAUUCUGACAGCAUCUGCAAAACUGCUGAAUUGGACUUUGUCUUAUCUUUAACUUAACAAAUAAUUUUCCUCAAAUAGGAUGCUUAUUCAGAGAACUACCUUUUUACUGUCUCAGGUGAAAGCUACAACACAGUUGUCCUUUAAUCCAAUGGGGACUUCAACGGUGGUUAUACUUCUGUUCUUACAUAACCAUUCUCCAAAAAAAAAACCAAACAAGCCCAAAAAACCCCAAGGAAACAAUGACAAUAAGCAGUAGAUCACAGGAAGACAGACAGACUACUGAGAAGACUAAGGAGUUCUUUUUCAAAACAGUUGGGCAGAGUUCCCUUGGAGCUUUAUAUCAUGAAUAGAGAUAUGUUUUGAUACUUCUUAUACACUUGCUAUAGUGUCUUUACUCAUUUUUAUAAGUGUAUUGGUAAUAAACUAUUUUGUAUGUUACUAUGAAACUACAAUAAAGUGCUAGAUUUCAA